AGGGGCGCAUGCAAGCCGGGGGGAGGGCCUCGGCUGCGGCGGGAAGGAAGGAAGGAGCCUGUCUCUGGCGGCGAAGCAUGGAGGAGGUCUUGGCCCGAUAUGUCUCCCAGAAAGUCAGCAAGACCCGCUGGCGGCCCCUCCCUCCCGCUGCCCUCCAGCCCCCGGAGGUCUUCGCCACGGGAUCCUGGGACAACGAGGAAAACAAGGUGUCUUUUUGGUCUGUUGGAGACUUGGGAAGUUUGAACACAAAUGGAGAAUAUAACGCAGAACCGCAUCUUUUGUGUGAUAUUCAACAUAGUGGCGAUGUUAUGGAUAUGCAGUUUUUGGACCAGGAAAGAAUUGUAGCUGCUUCAUCCACUGGAAGUGUGACUGUUUUUCGGCACCAUCAAAAUAAUCAGACUCUAUCUGUAAGCCAAAAAUGGGAAAAUGCACAUUUCUAUGACCCAUCUCAUGGAAAUGCACCCUGCACCGGGAUUGUCUGCAACAGCCCUGAAAUUUUUACAGUUGGUGAAGAUGGGAGGAUAAAUGUAUUCACAGUGGACCGGAAGGAAGCUGUGCGUACUGUAGACAAUGCUGACAGCAGCACACUUCAUGCAGUGACUCGACUUCGCACAACAGAAAUCUUGACAGUGAAUUCCAUUGGUCAGCUAAAAAUAUGGGAUUUCAGACAGCAAGGAAAUGAGCCUUCACAAAUAUUUUCAUUGACGGGGGAAAGGAUUCCACUACACUGUGUAGAUAGGCACCCCAGCCAACAGCACAUUGUAGCCACUGGUAGCCAAGAUGGUAUGUUGAGUAUCUGGGAUGUGAGACAAGGUGACAUACCAGUUUCCUUGCUGAAUGCUCACGAAGCAGAAUUGUGGGAAGUGCACUUUCAUCCUUCCAAUCCUGAUCACUUGUUCACAUGUUCAGAGGAUGGAACUCUGUGGCACUGGGAUGCUUCCACUGAUGUGUCUGAAAGGAAAUCUUACCUUCAUACAGGUGGGAGAAGUACCACAUUUUUGCCUCAGUCUCAGUCUGUGAUUAGUGCAUGGUUAAGGAACGAUCCUACUAGAGAAAUCACAAAUUUAAUUUCAAAUCCUACACUGUCUGUUAAUAGUUUAGAUGUCUUAGGAUCAUGUCUUGUAUAUGGAACUGAUGCAGAAUCUAUCUAUGUUAAGAAAAACUUCUUCGCAUAGUUAUCUUUAGCUCUGACUCGAAACUUUAGCUUCACAAUACUGAAUUUCAUGUUAUUUUAUGUCAAUUAAGAAUAUAGAAGGGCAAAUGCAAUACAAUCCAUGUUACAGCAUUAGUUUUUUUAAUCUAAUUCUUGCAUAAAAUAAACAGUAAACAGUUA